UGGUAUUUUCUUUUUACUUGACUACUCUAUCAAACAAAUAUCUUGGCCACAAUAUCAGUGUGUUAGUCUCAAAUUAAACAACAUUGUGUCCUAAAUGGGAAGAUAUAAAUGUGCCUACAAUUGCGAAAGCUCCAGCGAGACAGAUGUGAAGUAUUUUAAGUUUCCCCUGUACAAUCCCAGAAAACUGAAGAAAUGGCUUCUCAACAUGAAGUGGAAGGACUGGACGCCAUCUCGCUUCUCAGUGCUGUGCAUCGACCACUUUGAGGAACAAUGCAUCGACAGAUCAGGAAAAUGUGUGAAACUGCGAGAAGAUGCAGUUCCAACCAUAUUUCCAUCCCCUGGCGAUGCACAGAAAAGGAAGGCUUCCAGCACUCCAAGAAGUAAGAGGAACAAGCCCCCUGGUAUUAAAGCCUCUCACACGAGUCCAUCUCAGUCUCCAACAAGGACUCCUGUCAAGGCAAAGAGAAGAGUCCAGAGCAAAGAAGCCAGACAGACAGAAGAGCCUGCUGGAGACAAAGACCCAAAAAAGUCUAAUGACAAAUGGAGGAUUAUUGUCGAUGAAGGGCUGUUGAAGAUAGAGUCAUUUCCACAUUUCUUCCAUGGAGAUUAUUGCGAACCACGUGAUAUUCAGUGGGCUCCAGAUGACAAUUUAAGUUGUUCACAGACAGCGUGUGAAGAUCCCGAAAAGUUGAUAGAGGUGAAAGAGCCGUGGCAGUGGCUUGGCCUGGAUGUCAGGGGUCCGCUGCAUCAAACACUGAACGGGCACAAAUACAUCUUGACUGUGACGGACUACUACUCCAAGUGGGUGGAAGCUGUGCCGAUGCAGUCUUGCCUCCCUCCAGAUGUGGCAAAGCAAAUCGUGGACAUCAUCGCCCACUUUGGAUACCCGUUCAGAAUCCUCUCCAGACUGCCUCAUGACAUAGUCCACAAAAUCAACAGAGAACUGAAAGAUCAGCUGAAGGUCUCCAUGGCUCUUGUUGUCUAUCAUCAGCAGACGGGCACUUUGGAUUUGGUCACACAGCAGAUGAUUGACAGGAUGGUAAGUGAUCUAAUAGAGGAACAUGCGCCCGACUGGGAUGUCUAUCUGCCUGCCAAGGUUUUCAGUCUGUGUUUCAAAGACCAUUCAAAAACAAAGGAGAGACCCUUUUCAGUGCUCUGCUGUAAGGGACCAGAGCCUGUUCAUUCCCCCAGAGGACUGGAUUAUGUUUACUCCAAGAUCCGGGAGAGUGCUUUUGUUGUGAGAUAAAUAUUUAAAGUUUAUUUGGUCAAUUGAUGUGGAAGGAAAUCUGUUGUGUCAUUAACAAAGCGGGGAAGAAGGUUAUUUUAUGACCGAUCAAGAACUGUCAUGGAAAUGUGCUAGAUUUCUGUUGGUGAUCUGUUUGAGUCUUGUAGAUAAAACAAUGAUUCACGUCAAGA